AUGAACACAAGCAGCAGCGCGCUUCAUGAGUGCGCCUCGCCGACCGAGCCGCCCACAUCAGAGCCUUCAGACCCUGCCCCCUUUCCUAAGCGCAAUUGGUCUGAGCAGGACACGCUGGCCCUGGCUACUGCAUGGUGUGAUGUGUACAAGGCUGGAGUUGCUAAGGACGAGAAGACAGCCAUGACCAACUCGCGUAUAUUUGACGCUAAAAGCUCCGUCGCAGCCUGCAUCUCCAUCUCAUACCAGUGUUGUAUCCAUGCAAAGGUAUGCAGCGGCGAAGUGGUGGCAGGGGCUCUCAUUCUAUCCAGCAUCAGCGCCAACGUUAGCCGAGCUCGAUUGUCCAUACUCAUCAGCAGCCAGCACCUGUAA